AUGAAACCAGUUGUUUCUUCAUUUCAAGCAUAUUGUUGUUUUAUUACUUCAUGUUUUGGUAUUGUUAUAUUAUCGGUUAUUGCAUAUUUGUUUUAUACAGAAUCUGAGAGUUUUAUGGGUUCAAUAAAUGAUCCAGAAAAUGGUAAAGAAGUAGCAAAAACUAUACUUAAUGCAGUUAUUAUAUAUUUCGUAUUUUUCUUAUUUUGUGGUACUCAAAUAUGGUUAAUUAAAAGGCAAAAUAGAAUACAAUUAUAG